AUGAGGGAUGUGAAGGUGGAGCGUAGCGUUAUCAGCUACAAUGCUGGUGUAAGCGCUUGCAAGAACAGCAAGCAGUGGCAGCGAGGUUUGUGGCUGCUCGCCGAGAUGCGGGAAGCGAGGCUGAAGCCUAACGUCAUCAGCUACAAUGCUGGAAUCAGCGCGUGCGAAAAAUGCGGGCAAUGGCAGUCGGGCUUGUCGCUACUCAGCGAUAUGAUGAAAACGAACGUCGAGGCCGACAUCAUCAGCUACUGCGCUGGGAUCAGCGCGUGCGAGAAAGGCGAGCAGUGGCAGGGGGCCCUAUCAUUAUUCCGUGAGAUGCAGGAUGCGAAGCUGGAGCUCGACGUCAUCACGUAUAGCGCUGGAAUCAGCGCCUGUGUGAAAAGCGAGCAGUGGGAGCGGGCUCUGUCGCUGCUUAGCGAGAUGCGUGGAGCGAAGCUGGAGCCCGACGUUAUCAGCUGCAGCGCUGGCAUCAGCGCGUUCGAGAAAGGCGGGCGAUGGCAGCAUGCCCUUUUGCUAUUCAGCGAGAUGUGCGAGGCGAAGUCCGAGCCAAACGUCACUUUCAGCUACGGCGCCGGGAUCAGCGCGUGCCAGAAGGGCGAGCAGUGGCAGCGGGCCCUGUCGCUUCUCCGCGAGAUGCGGGGGGCGGCGCUGGAGCCCGACGUCCUCUGCUACAAUGCGGGGAUGAGUGCGUGUGAGGCAGACGGGCGCUGGCCGCACGUGCUGUCGUUGCUGCGCGAGCUGAGGGCAGCGGUGCUGGAGCCGGACGCCGUCAGCUACGGCGCCGCAGCCUGCGCGUGCGACAGGGGCGGGCAGUGGCAGCGAAUGGUGGCACUGCUCACCGAGAUGUGGGAGGCGAAGCUGGAGCCCAGCGUCGACAGCUACGGCGCCGGGGUCAGCGCGUGCGAGAGAAGCGGUUGCCUGGGCCUCGGGGGGCUCUGGCUCCUUCUAGAUCUUGGCCAGGGACCGCUCUGGAGAUAA